CGCUUAGAUCCAUCAACAUCCAACAUGAUUUUUCGCAGGAAUAUUGAGGCUUUUGGCAUAGUGACGCUAGCUUUGCUUCUGGGUUUGAUAAAAUGUCAGACAUGUGACAAGGUCCUGUGUAAGAAGCGUGAUAUCAAAAGAAUAGAGAAUGAGCUAACUGACAAAAUCUCAAAAUUGGAAAACAAGCUUGACACUCUUAAUACAAAAUUGGAGGAUGAUAUGGAAAUAUUUGGUAAAAUGUUGAUUGACACGCCGGAAAUAAAACGUACAGGUUUUGAGGCAAAAGUACUUGACCAGCUGACAAAAUUGAAUACAAAACUAAAUAGGAUGACUGAAAACGAAGCAUGUAUGCGAACUAGAGAACGGUUUUUUAGAACAUACGAAAACGGUCUCGUACCUUUGUGUGAAGAUGGAUGGCUGGUAAUCGCUUACCGAUACAAUGGCGAAGUUGCAUUUCAUAAUCGUACAUGGGAUGAAUACAAAAACGGGUUUGGCGCACCACACGGGGAGUAUUUCCUUGGGUUUGAACCUAUUAGAUCCCUUCUCAAAAGAGAGGAAUUCAAGCUGCGGGUUGAGCUUGGUUUAUCCUUCAGAGGAGGAAUCCGUUGGGGUAUUGCAGGGUAUGAUUUGUUCUUUAUUUCUGAAGAGACGGAGAACUAUGAGCUAAGACUUGGAGAUUAUAAUUCUACGGGAACUAGUAAUAUCGCGAACUCACUGUCUUUGCAUACGAACAGCAAAUUCCAGACAGUAGACAGGAAUAGCGGUUUGAUAGAAUGUCAUACAUGUCAAAGACGAGAUGUCAUGACGUUAUUGAAUGAAAUGUCUGAAGUGAAUGAGGGAAUGGAUAAACUCGGUGGUAAAGUAUCCAUGUUGGAAUCCAGAGUGCUUGAGCAGAUUGAACAACUGGAUGCCAAACUAAACAUGAUUUCAGUUGGUAAAGAAAAUAAUAUGACGUGA